AAAGACUAUUCACUAUUGUCGAAUGUCGACUGUCGAAAUGCAAGCACCACAUUUCUAAGUUAAAUGAAUAAUUUUAAACCUAAUUCACUUUGAUGCUGCAACCUGCAUCAAUUUAAAAGUGCUAAUAAAAUGUGUGUUUAGGAAAUAUAAAGUAUCUUCAAAUGAAGAUCUUCCGUGGUAUCUAAAAACAGAAAUCAUCACAAUGGAGCCAUCCUGCUCAUACUCUGAAUGUGAUAUAUUUAAAGGAAGCAAAAAUUCAUUUGAAGACAAUGUGGAAGAUAAGACUGAUGCCAAUAAUGUAAAGCCUGCAGAAAUACCUACUGAAAACAAUGAAGACCAACAAAUUGAAGACAUUGAAAGAGAUGACUUUGAGGAAGAAAACAGAAUUCUUAAACAUUGCUCUAAUAUGGUAGUAGAUGAAGAUGAGGCUUCAACAGCACAAUAUUCUCGGCCUGUAAGUAGUGUCGACCCUGAUUUAUUAAAAAUAGCCAGUGCCGAAACAAUUGCUAGGUUACAACAUUUCAUGUCUGAAGAUUUUGGCCUCCCUGGCUGUGGCCGAGAAGCAAACAAAGUUAUAGGCAGCAAAUUAAAAGAAAUGAUACAAGAUAAAGCAGGAUUGUUUGUACAGGGAACAUCUAUGUCAAAAGAAGAUUUUAUGCAAAAACUAAUUAAUAGUGGAAAGCCAGAAAAGAAAGAUUUUCCAAAGGGCAAACUUUAUAAGGCUGACUUGGAAGAAAAUGCAAAUGAUAGUAACAUGGAAAUUGAUGCGGUUAGUGGGCCAUCAGGUAGAUCUAAUUCUAAUGCUUCAAGUAUUGCAAGUACUAGCUCAGAUAGUAAGGAUUUCACAGUACCUUCUACUUCAAAUGCUGAAAAGCUUUUGGGGCUUUGUGAUGCUACAAAAAAUGGAGAAAGAAGUUCCCAGGUCUCGAGUUACGCAUAUUGCGAUCCUGAUGAUGAUUCUGAUGAGGAUGAUGUGGAAGAGACUUGGUGUACCUGUCUUUCAUCACCUGAGGAUGGAGAAGAUGAUGACGAACCAGAACCUGAAGAAAGAUUUUGGAGAAAAAGACGUUACGAGCCUCCGCCGCCCCAGUCUGCAAAAAGAUUCCGUCCUGAUGGUACAAUGGUACAAUACACCGGCGAAUGGAGUAAUUCUAACCUUGGACUUCAGUCAUUGCAGCAUAAUAUAAAUCAAGCUUCGCCCGAAUUGAACCAGUGGCUCAACAGAUUCCAGUCUUGGACUAACGUUGAGAAGAUUCAAGCUAUCGACGCUCUCAUAGGUCGCUGCACGGCAGGACACGUGCGCCACAUGAUGAAGGCUAUAGAACCUCUUUUCCAACGGGAUUUCAUAUCGCUUCUACCCAAAGAGUUGGCACUUACAGUGCUCGGUUACCUGUCGCCCAAGGAUCUCUUACGGGCUGCACAAACCUGCCGCUAUUGGAGAUUCCUCGCUGACGACAAUCUACUGUGGAAGGAACAAUGCCGUCGCAUAGGCCUGACAACAUUAAAAAAGCGUCUUCGCUCUAUGCCCCGUUGCGCCAGUCCAUGGAAAGCUGCCUACAUGCGUCAGUCGCUUAUUCAAGACAAUUGGCUGUACAAUAACGUAGAUAACCCCAUAGUGAUGCGUGGACAUGAUGAUCACGUGAUAACUUGCCUACAGUUCUAUGGAAAUCGCAUACUCAGUGGCAGCGAUGAUACAACACUCAAAGUAUGGUCCGCCAUUACAGGGAAGUGUCUGCGCACAUUGGUCGGCCAUUCCGGUGGUGUGUGGUCAUCGCAGAUGAUCGGUGAUCUUGUGAUAAGCGGUUCCACUGAUCGCACACUGCGUGUGUGGAAUGCGAAGACCGGCCGUUGCCUCAAAGUGUUAGCUGGACAUACUUCGACUGUACGGUGCAUGCACUUGCAUCAAAAUAGAGUGGUGUCAGGGUCGCGUGAUGCAACUCUACGCGUAUGGUCGAUUAGCAAAGGCUGUUGUCUUCGCGUACUCGUUGGCCACUUAGCGGCGGUGCGUUGUGUCCAAUAUGACGGUAAAGUGGUCGUGUCGGGCGCAUAUGACUACUUCGUGAAAGUAUGGAAUCCAGAGACAGGGGAAUGCUUGCACACAUUGGCGGGACAUACCAACAGGGUUUAUAGCUUGCAGUUUGACGGUGUGCACGUAGUGAGUGGUUCUUUGGAUACGUCGAUCCGCGUAUGGGACGUUGAGUCUGGUCAGCUGAAGCAUACACUCACCGGCCAUCAGUCCCUAACUUCAGGCAUGGAACUUCACUCAAAUAUUCUCGUUUCGGGCAAUGCUGACUCGACUGUUAAAGUGUGGGACAUCACCACUGGACAUUGUCUUCACACUUUAUCAGGACCAAACAAACAUCAAUCGGCUGUCACCUGCCUUCAAUCCAGCAACCGUUUCGUGAUAACAUCGUCCGACGACGGGACCGUGAAGUUAUGGGACGUGCGUACCGGUGAGUUUAUAAGGAACCUAGUCGAACUCGGCUCUGGCGGUUCUGGUGGAGUUGUAUGGCGUAUUCGGGCUUCAGCGACUAAACUCAUUUGUGCUGUCGGGUCCCGAAACGGCACCGAAGAAACCAAACUAUUGGUCCUCGACUUUGACGUUCCUGGGGCUUGUAGGAAGUGUGAUGAAUAGCAUAGACUAAAUCGGCGCCUUAUGCGCCGACAUGCCAAUCUCUAUGCGCCCUGGCACUGUUAAACUGGCGUGGUAAAGAGAGGCAUUAAUUCUGUAAUAUGUGUUGACAGUUGACAAUUGACAAUUGACCAAGCAUUCGUGUGUCAUAAGAAUACUCAUUUUAUGAUAAUAUUACCGUACGCGGGAUGGUUUUCACAUGUUGCCUCCAACCACACCUAAAACGUAAUGAUAAAAUAUGUAAUUUUUCGAUAAUUAAUUAUUUUGAUUUAAUUUUAUUUAUUUUUAUGUAUGUAAACUGUUUAAAUGUGUUUGUUCAAUUAAUUAAACUUUAGAAAUGGCAAUCUGCUUAUACUUUGACAUUGAUUUCAAUUUGAUUUCUCUUCCGUGUAGGUGGUUAGAAUUUUAUUACAUAAUAUUAUUAUAUUUAUAUUUCAUAUAUUAGUUUUUUAUGUGUUUGUUUAAUCAAUUAUUAGAAAAUUCAAUCUGCUUAUAAUUUGACAUUGAUUAUAAUUUAAUUUUCCUUCUGUGUAAAUGAUUAGAAUUUUAAUUAAUAAUAUUAUUAUUUGUAUUUAAUAUUUUUAAAUUUUAACUGACGAUGUUCUGUAUGAACAAUUAAUUAUUUUUUUUGCACCAGGCCCUUUUUAUUUAGGCUAUAGAUAUGACCUUUUAAUUUAACGUUUUAUACAUUUUAUUAUUAUAUCUUCUAAAAGGAGGAUAUCGAUUCGAUUUCAUAGGCGAUUUGGUGCAAUGUUCACGAGCAAAAUAACAAGUUCAAAAACACUUUCAUACUUUUUGAUCAUUAUGACUCUGUUACUGUAUAGGAGGCAAAUAAUCUCGAUUCAAGUCAAAUUGAAUUGUCUACCAUUUUCGUGCAGUGCCUGAUUAGCCAUACAGUCUGGUAUAAGCAACCAGUUCUUUGCUGUAAUUUUACGAUAUUAUGACCUUUAAUCAUUUAAUACCAAUAUUAUACCAUUUAUGUAAACUGUAGUUGUUAGAUUUGAUCUUGAAUGAUGAUGGCUGCCAUUAUGUAUUGCCAAAUUAUUGCACUAAACGGUAUGCUUCAUUAUCCCAAAGAGUAAGCUGAAAUCGGAUUGUAGUAGGGUUUCUAAUUUAGCCUCGAUUCUGUUAUAACAUAAUUAUUUAACAUUGACAUUAGUUUCCUGACAUUGUGAAGAUGUUCUUGUUAUAGGCUUAAGUUUCCAUAAACAGUAGAAACCCCUACAUGUUAGUUAUAGUGUAGAUAGUGGGCGGACUUCGGAGUGUGUGCCAUUGUUUGUUUUUAAAAUUUCCUAUUUUAGAGUUUAUCGUAUUUUGCCCAUUUGUACGUGUUUCUCGAUUUUUAUUUUAUUUGGACAAGAUUAUCUAAACAAGUAUGAGAGAUGUUAUUGAGUGGUUAUGCCUAAGUGGUAGUUGUAACUCAAAUUAUCACAUGACCACUCCACAAUUGUCUGAUAUAAUAAAUGGGCUAAUCAUCAUCACAAAUAAUUUUAGUAUACAGUUUUAGAAAACUAUUUCAUUUCUAUUAUGAUAAUACAUUUCAACGACGCUUUCGCCACAACUUUAUUUUUAAAUCUAUUGUUUAUCGAUGUAAAACACUCCUUGGCGUAGCCAAAACUUAGUUUUAUAGUUCCCUAGUUUAGUCGAAUUUGUUAUUAUUAUUUUUAAUUUGAUUUGUUAAUUGCAAUUUUAUGUUCCCAUUAAUUAUUGUUAAUUAUGUAUACAAUUAAUUGUCGUGGUGUUUUAUUUAUUAUAACUUCUGCAACCAGUGCAUAAUAACUUUGAAAUUAAAAAAAUCACAUUAUUCUUAGGUAAUUAUUCUUCACAAUUCUCGAAGGGAUCUCUCAACAUAAUAAUUAUAUUUAUUGUAGUUAGGGAAUAAUUUCAAUUGCAUAAUUUUGAUUCAAAUGUAACAUUAAAUAUUGAAUGACGAAACAUAGUAAUAGAAUAUAACUGUAGUUCUUAAUAUUAUCCUAAUAAUGUAUCAGUUUUGUGAUGUUAAUUUUGUAGAUUUUUCAAUGGCCAGACAUUUGUCUCUUGUAAUAUAGACUAAGGUUUUAUUCAUGUAUAAUCCUGAAAUAUUUCAGAUUUCCAAUUAAGCCUAAUUAAAAGGCCCAAAAUAUUUGGUGUAUAGCCUCCCGUAAAACAGUUACGAAUACAUGUGGUUAAUAUCGUAUGCACAUGCUAUAAGAUACUUUCUACUAUUCUAUGUAUAUAAAUAUAAUCAGCGAUAUGUGAGACGUAACGCGUUUGUGUAUUUGACUGGAAGUCUACGACGUGGCCAGUUUGCGUUACUCGUUCAAUGGCUGAAUAUUUAAACGAAGACUGAGGUAUAGGUAUAGUGUAAUUAUAGUAUUUAGUAUAGCGAACGGUUAAAAUGUCUAAAGCAAUAAGCGAAAGACGUUGUAACCGUAGGCUCUUGCACUCCACGCUACCCACCAUCCUGUCUUUGUUUUUUUCUAUAAAUUCUUUGUAUUGUUGUAUGCGUUUCGCGUUUGUUUCUAAUUUAGUAUAAGACACGCUGACCAACUUAGCAACGACCUAUUUUUGUAAAUAUAAAAGCGCGCAACAAUGUAAGAUUUCCAACAUUAAUUGUAAGUUCAUUUUGGUGUUAUUUAAUAUGGAUUGUAUUUUACUGAAUUAUGUUAAAGAAUUAAUAUUUCUUUUUUAAAUUUAUAAAUUUGAUGUCCGAUUUUCGUAUUGAGUUUUAUCCAAAAUUUAGCUUUUUAUGUAAUUAAUAAAUAAUUAAAAUUGAUGUAUCA